AUGAAAAACUUUGGGAGGCCCACAGGCCGGCAGCCCCAGGCUGUGGCCAGUCCCCCGCAGACGCAGGCAGCCCCGCGCCUCCUAGGUGGCGACCUACCUCGCCUCGAGCAACCUCCGGAAAGGCGGGCUCACUUAGCGCCGCCCUGCGAGCUCCUGCGGCACCUCAAACCGCAAGACCCUCCUGGGGUCACGACCCCCGACAGCACCCGCACCCCGCCCCCCCGCACCGUGCACACGCGCCCCAGUCUCGGCCCCACGCUCCCCGGCUCGCGCCCCCCGCCGUCCCCUGCUCAGCCUCGGGAGCUAGAGCGGAGGCCCUACGCCACGUGCUCACCUGGACCGAGACCCGGAGAGAAAGGAGGGCUGGGCGCGUCCGGGAGCGGCGAGCGGCGGCCGGGAAAGCUGCGACUCAGAGACGCGACCCUACCGCAGGCUGGCUACCCGGCCCCAGGCGGCCAGAGUGAGAGGAAGGCGAUUGGCCGAGAGAAGGGGGGCGGGGGACGGCACCCGGCCAAUCCCGAGUUGCAGAUCGAGGCCCCUCCCCCACCUCCUUCGUACCCGCCCCGUCGCCGCGCCCCCGGCGCACCGCCCCCCUCCCUCCCCCACGGCCUCACCCCCACUGCCCCACCCCGAACUCUGGUUAGACGCCACGAGGGACCGGUGGCCCGUGUCUUCUCCUCUCCCCUCGCUCCCGGGACCCCCGCCCGCCCCGCCACCCCUUCCCUUCCCGCGCUUCUCUACCCCGAGACCCCAACCUGA